CAGGUUUGUAACCUCUCACCUUUGCCACCUCCAGACAUCCGCCAUUUUGUUUUGCGUCUUCGAUGUCAUCUCCGAUUUGACGGGAUUUUUAGGGAAUUCUAGAAACCGUGAAAACUGCUACCAACCAAAGACCUACAGACAUGUCGGAGUUCACGUGUCUGCCGCCCAAUCAAGAACCUAAUGGGGAAGAUACUGUAAACGAGAUGCAAAUCAAAGAGGAGACAAGAGACACUGAAUGGCAUGCGAAACAGGAUAAACAAGAGAAUGUGCUGCGUCAGGAAACGUACAGUGAGGACCAGGAGACCUACGACUACUUUGGCACAACCCAAUUAACCGGGCAUCCUCGGAACGAGACUCACAACAGUUGGGAGCAGACAACAAAUACAGGACGGCAGCAGGCAGAGAAAAAUGACAUUCCGAACGACGGAAUAUGCGGUGUUAGAGCAGAAAUGGAAGAGUCCAACUGUGAAAUUUCUACUAGUGACCUGUGUUCUGGUCAUCCUGGGCAUGAGAUGGACUGUAAAGAACACCCUGGGAAGGAGAGUGACAGCGGGGAGACCCAGACAACACACAUGGGCCUGCAGCAGGAAACGUGUGACGUAAGAUUUCCCCAACCUCAAAGUACAUUAACCUCACAGGUACAGGAGACUAUAGGCAUUGUGGUUGAACGUACCGCUGACAAACCCUACCUAUGUGGGGAGUGCGGGUACAGGACGGCUCGUAGACGCGUCUUAUACGCACAUAUCAGAACACAUACAGGGGAAAAGCCCUACAAGUGUGAUCAGUGUGACUAUUCUGCAGCACAGAAGUCUAAUUUGAACCAACAUUUAGCAAAACACAGUGGUGGUGAGAACCCCUACAUUUUUAGGGAGUGUGGAUACAGCACAGCUAACAAGUGUCACUUAUCCCGACAUAUGAAAACUCAUACAGGAGAAAAACCCUACAAGUGUGACCAGUGUGACUAUUCUACAACACAGAAAUCCACUUUGGACGCACAUUUAGCAAAACACAGAGGGGAGAAACCCUACAUGUGUGGGGAGUGUGGAUACAGGGCCGCCUAUAGGUCUAACUUAUCAGUACACAUGAGAACCCAUACAGGGCAAAAGCCCUACAAGUGUAACCAGUGUGAUUAUUCUGCUGCACAGAAAGCUAAUUUGGAGCAACAUUUAAGACAGCACACUGGUGAAAAACCAUACACGUGUAGCGAGUGUGGGUACAGGACAGCUAAGAAGUCUGACUUACCCAUACAUAUGAGAACUCAUACAGGAGAAAGACCCUACAAGUGUGACUAUUGUGACUAUUCUGCUGCACUGAAACGCACAUUAAACAGACACCUUAGAAGGCACACUUCAAAGAAACACUAAAUAUGUCAGAAGCAUUGGUACAGAAUAGCUAAAUUGUCAAAUUAAACUGAGAAUAGAGCUCGUACAGGUAAAAACUUUUUUUUAACGAAACGUCUGUAGAUGCCGAGUGCCAGGUACUAGGUUUAAAAAUUUGCAGCCUUUUGUUCAUAGCAACAUUUAAUUAUUUCCAAGAUGCAGGUACUAAAUGUAUCUUAGUAGAAUAUAUCUAUGUAUAUGUCACAGGGGAGAUUGGAAUCCAGGGGAAUUCGGAAUCCUCCUAGGGGAGAUUGGAAUUCUUAUGGAGUCCAUUAUGAGUUAGUGACUCAAUGUUCUCAACCGUUUUUUCGAGUUAGCUAUGUUGCAUUAUUUUUUUGGCAUCCUUGCUAUUGGCCAUUUUUUUUCUGCCAGCUUCUUUGUGUGAAACUGACUAGAUAGAAAUGUAACUUGUCAAAAGAGUCAGUCUAUUUUCCAAAACAAUUUCAUCUGAGGUUCUAAUCUGAAGUUCUGGUAACUUAAAGGUCCUGGUAGAAUUCCGGAUUCUCCUCUAUUACUAAAUGUUUGAAAA